AUGGAUGAAAUUUAUAAGAUUGCUUCCACAGAAAGGAUCCAGGUGUUGGAAAAAGAACUGGCUACACAACUGACUGAACUGAAGUCUGAGAUAGAAGAACAAUGGACUCUCCAGGGGUCAGCUCAUCACACUUACAGCUCUGUUCGAAUGCCAAAGGACAUCUCUUACUUUAGAAGAGAAAGGGAACUGGCCCUAAAGAAAACUUUACAGGUGGCCGAGUCAAAGUCCCUUGUUAUUCAACCAGAUGUCAUGCAGAGGGAGCUAGAGAGCUGCCUAAAGAGAGAAUACACUCCUGAAAAUUUACCUUUGCUUCUGUUGCAGCAUUAUACAGAGAGAAUUACCCAGCUGGCCCAGAGUAAAUAUUUACACAUGCUUAGAUGGAAGAGAUUUUGCCAUCACAGUAAGAUCAUGGAGCAACUUUAUCCUUUUUACAAGAAACAAGUUGUCUACAUUAUGCAGGAAUACAACGACGCUCUUCAGAGAGCUGAUCGAUUGUCAGUUGCCCGAGAAAACUUCCUUAUGGGAAAACAGAACCCUCCUAACUUAGUGACACAGGAAGACCUGACUAUUUACACAAAUUGGUUAGUGUGUCACCUACACUCACUCAGGAUUAUUCACCACUAUGUGCAGGCCCUCCAGUAUUUACCCAUCUCCAAAGCUCUGAGUGUAGCUGUUGAUGAAGUCCCUGUGGUUGGUCAGGAAAAUGAAAAGGUUCCUGUUGAUGACACUGACCCUGACAUCCAGGGUUCUGCAUCUCCAGACUCUAUGAAUACCAGUGUUUCAGGCUACAAGAAGGGGGAGUCCUGGCUACCUCCCCCAGAAAACCAGCACCAGGAGUUUGGCAGAUAG